UUUGAAGUGACAGCUGUUCCUUCUCCGCGGAAUCGUAGUAGUUAAAUUAAGACGGUUUUUAUAGCAAAUUACCUACGCUGUUUAUUCAGGUGCAGAGAUGGUCAAUAAUGUAUUAUAGUUCUAAUGAGGAUGUGAAGGCGACCUAUCUAAAAUGAAAUAUUGUACAAAAAGGACUUUUUAAGCUACGGGUAGCGGCUUCAACAAAAACACGAAUAUUUGCAAAUCCUCAAGAAACACCGCAGAACCCGGCAAAAGAAAAAGAUGUCCUUAUAUUUUGACUGUAUUGUUGAAAGCCCCCUCACCAAUGCUAUCAACACACAGAUUGCUUGGCAUGCCCAAGCAACAUGCUUGGCUGUUGCAUCAUACAGUGAGGACAAGGGAGGAGCUAUUAAUGUGUAUACAGGAGAGGGUAAGCUUUGUGAUGAAGUUGAUAUUCCUCCGCAUCCAACUGCCCAGGUAACAUCAAUUGUCUGGCACCCAAACAAACGCAUAAUGGCAGUUGGAUGGGAGUCUGGGGAGCUGUUUAUCUGGAAUGACCAUGAUAAGGAGUUGCAUGAGAUCCAGAGUCUGCACCGAGCACCAAUUUCUGUUCUUUCGUUCAGUUCUGGAGGAACAAGAUUGGUUUCAGGAGAUGCUUCAGGUUCAAUGGUUGGCUGGCGAGUGGAUAAUGCAGGUCAUCUUCAGACUGUAUUUACACAUGAGCUUAAAGAUCCACUUUCACAAAUUGUCUUCAGAGUUAACCCCAAUAACGAUAAAAACCAACCCACUUUAGAUAUCAGUGGUCUUGCUCGUGCUGCUGUUAGUGGAGAUGAAAGAGCUUUAGAUAUAUUUAGUUCAUGGAGGCCAAGGACAGGGCACAGACGUCUUGGAGAAGCUUCCAGUGGUUCUGACAUUUUAACUUUUUUUCUUGGUUCAUCAUCUGGUAUCCUUUAUCAUGUAAGUGACUCGGGAAACUGUGUCGAGGUGCUUCAAGCAGAUGGAGGCAUUAAAAAAUUGUUGCAUCAUGAUGCUAGAAAUUUAUUAGUUGUCAUAACAGAGGGGAUGGUUUUGGGACAGUUCUCUGUAGCCCCAGAUGGAGCUGUCACAGAAAUCAACAAGGUAAAGCUUAGUGGCCGUACAAAUGACAUUCAGAUGUCUUGGGCUGGAUCUGGGUUACUUGCAGUAUCCACUGGAGAUAACUCCGUACGCUUGUGGAAUUUGGAUUCGGGUGACAAUUAUGUCAUAUCCUUACAUGGACCAAGUUAUCGUGAUCAAGAAUACAUCAUGUGCUUAACUUACUCGGAAAAUAAAAGAAUUCUGUGUGCAGGUACGACUCUGGGCAGCAUAGCUAUGUGGAAGUAUGAAGAGCAUAAGUUGGGUGAAGAUGAAUAUACAAAAGAUCCUGAGAAGGACUGGGUACUGCAAAAUCCUGCUGUUAUUUCAGGUGCUGUUAAACAGGUUGCUUGGGGUUCAGCACAAAACCUGCUGGGUGUCAAUACAGUUCGGGAUGUGUACAUAUUAAAUGAGCAGCAUAUGGUUGCAAGUUAUAGAGAUCAGGUGUCUGUUGUACAAGUAUCCCCAACACAGCUGUCAGUGGAUGUGUUUUCAGGAGGUAGCCAUUUAGAAUUACGCUCUGAAAUCCAGGUGCGGGGUGUUAAUAACACUGUUGAUCAUCUGCUUAUAUGGAACUUAAAAAAGAUGGUUAUAUAUGAAAUUACUUCUGAUGCUACACACUUGAGAGUCAUUGGGUCCUUUGCGUGUGAAUCUGAGAGCGCAAUUCUACAUGAAGGCAGUGUUUUUGCUAUUGAAGGUAAUAAUAUCCAGGUUCGAUCUUUACAAGGAACUGUGAAACAAACCCUGAGUUUUUCAGAAGGUGAUGGUCAGCCAAUUGGGUUAGAUGUGUGUGGUAACUUUCUUGUUACUGCAACUAUAACAGGAAUGAUAAGACUCUGGGAUUUGUCUAGGAGGGAAGCAAAACCACACACUCAAGGUAAACAAAUGAGUGACGCCAUCAAAGACUUUGGCGAGAUCAUUACUGCCCGCUGUAACUGUAAUGGCACAAGGGUUUCUGUAGCUGUUGCUCAGACUUCCCUGCUUCCUGACCCAAAACUCUAUAUUUGGGAUAUAGAACAUGACAACAUAACAUACUUCAAUUUUGCAUCUGGUCAUGCCGAAGAUGAUGAUGUUGACACAUCAGCCCCUCCUAAUUCUGCUGAAAGCGCAAGUUCCAAAGAUAUAGGACUUCAAGACAGAGCCAAAAAAGAAAUGGCCAGGGAAAUCAGUGGAAGAUUUGUCAUGUCACACAUGUGGGAUCUUGAGGACCCCCGUUUGUUGGUUUGUGAAGCCAAAGCGAUACAGAGUAAGAAAAAGAAAACUGAUCAUUAUAUGGCAUCCAAUAACAAUAAGGAAGAGGAGCGGCCUGCUGUGAUGUUAGUGUCUUUAUUUGUAAGUGCUGAUCAUGGAACAAUCGUUCAAGAUGUUUUUCCACUUACUCCUACCUACUCGCGCCUCCUUGGGGUACAAGUUCCUUUCUUUUAUCUGCUUAAUGCUCAUGAUGCUGAGUCAAAGAAUGAGAAGAGUGCUGUGACUCAAAAAGUCAUGAGAGAUUUUGUUGGCCUGGAAAACUGUGAUAAAACAACGAAGGAUGCAAUGUUGAAUUUUUCGUUUUACUUGUCAAUUGGAAAUAUGGAUGAUGCAUUCAAAGCAAUUAAAGCCAUCAAGAGUGAGACUGUUUGGGAAAACAUGGCCAAGAUGUGCGUCAAAACAAAACGAUUAGAUGUAGCCGCCCUUUGCCUUGGUAACAUGAGUCAUGCAAGAGGUGCUAGAGCACUUCGUCAUGCAAUGAAGGAGCCGCAAUUAGAUGCUAGAGUAGCUAUGCUUGCUCUUCAGCUUGGGAUGCAUGAGGAAGCUGAACGCUUGUAUCGAUCCUGUGGAAGAUAUGAUCUUGUGAAUCGUAUGUAUCAGGAUGGAGGAUCUUGGUCUAAAGCUCUUGAAAGUGCUGAGAAUCAUGACAGAAUUCACCUACGUUCUACUCAUUAUAAUUAUGCAAAACACUUGGAGAGUAAAGGAGAUUUCAGUGGAGCUAUCAGUCACUAUGAAAAGUCAGACACCCACAGAUUUGAAGUUCCUAGAAUGCUUUUUGAUGAACUACCAACCCUGGAAGAUUAUAUCAUGCAUACAAAAGACAGGGCUCUGAGGCGAUGGUGGGCACAAUAUCUAGAGUCUACUGGAGAAAUGGAGACUGCAUUGCAAUUUUAUGAAGCAGCACAUGAUCACUUGUCGCUUGUACGUGUUUACUGUUACUGCAAUAAUCUUCAAAAAGCUGCAGACAUUGCAAAUGAUACUCAAGACAGGGCUGCUUGCUAUCACUUAGCGCGUCAGUAUGAGAAUGUUGCUCAGGUGAAAGAAGCUAUUCAUUACUUCACACGAGCACAUGCGUAUGGCAAUGCUAUUAGAAUAUGCAAAGAAAAUAAUUAUGAAGAUCAGCUAAUGAAUUUAGCUUUAGUAGCUGGACCUCAAGAACAGAUUGAUGCUGCUCGGUACUUUGCAUCUGCUGAUCGUCCACAACUUGCCAAAGCUGUUUUGUUGUAUCAUAAAGCUGGUCUUUUGUCCAAAGCUGUUGAUUUAGCCUUUAAAUCAGGACAAGUUAGUGCAGUAGGGCAAAUUGCAGCAGAACUGGAUGAGUCGGCAGAUCCAGCGCUCAUCCAACGUUGUGCUCAGUAUUUCAUAUCAAAUGGACAGUUCGACAGAGCAGUCUCAUUGCUGAUCACAGGAAAGCAGUAUUCAGAGGCUUUGGACUUGUGUGUAGCGCACAAUGUGUGGGUGACAGAGGAGUUGGCAGAAAGGUUUACUCUACCCAAGGAAGAAGAUGCUAGGAACCAGAUUCUUGAAAAAGUUGCAGAAUGUGCUUAUGCCCAAGAAAAUUAUAAACUUGCUACCAAGAAGUUCACACAAGCUGGUAAUAAGGUGAAAGCAAUGAAAUGCCUGCUUAAGUCUGGUGACACAGAGCGCAUUGUGUACUUUGCAAAUGUGUGUCGCCAAAGGGAGAUUUACAUUAUGGCUGCCAAUUAUCUACAAAGUCUCGACUGGCGCAAAGAGGGUGAUAUUAUGAGAAAUAUAAUUCAAUUUUACUCUAGAGCUAAAGCAACAUCUCUUCUGGCAGGAUUUUAUGAUUCCUGUGCACAGGUUGAAAUUGACGAGUACCAAAAUUAUGAAAAAGCAGCAGGAGCUCUCAAUGAAGCAUUUAAAUGCUUACAAGGUGCAAAUGACAAUGAUUCAGCAAAGAAGUUGUCAUCUGUCCAAUACAAACUUGACAAAGUCAACCACUUUCUGGAUAUUAAAAGGAUGUUUGCUACUGAUGGAGAAGGAGCACUUCAUGAACUCCAGGGUCUCUUGGCUGAUCCAAGCAUUGAAAGUGCUGUGCGACAAGGGGACAUUUAUGCUGUGAUUGUGGAGUACUAUGCAGCCAACAACAAUUUCAAAUCUGCAAUUAGUGCUCUGCAAGAAAUGAAGACCAGGUUACCUAAGAUUAAUCCAAGUUAUUAUGUGGACCCCCAAACGCUACAAAAUAUUGCCAGGAAUACAGGAAUGGACUUCACUUCUGGUGAAAAUGGUGAGGUUGAUGAUGGGGGUAGUGAGGAUGAAGGCAAUGCAAGUGAAGAAGAAGUUGUUGAGGAGGAUGAUGAUGAUGAUGAUGAUAGGCCACAGAGGAAUCAGUUUGUCCUUAAUGGUUCAGCAAAAUUUUUCUAAAAUCAGUUAGAAGUCAAAGACUUACCACAGCACAUCUAAAUAGGUUUUGUUUUUUGUAAUAUUUUUUUCAUGAACUUAAGACCUUCAAAUGUUAUUCAGUUGCAACAGACCAUGCAGCAAACAUAUCCAGCACUCUUAAGAGACAAUAUUGCCUGUUAAUUUACAUAGUUGUACUGUAGUUUGUUAUAUAGCCCAUAUCAUAAAACCCAUAUUUCAUUUAAUAUCAACUGCUUUCAUUAUGAGAAAUAUACAGUGGAACCUUGGUUUUCGUAUGUAAUCCGUUCCAAAAUAUCUCAUAGUGUAUCAACUACUUUCGUUACAAGAAAUACACAGUGACCCUUGGUUUUCGUACAUAAGCCAUUCCAAAAUGUCUCUAAGUUGAAACAUACGAAAUCUGAAACAAUAAUUCCCAUAAGGAAUAUAAUAUAAAUCCAAUGAAUGCAUUCCAGACCCCCAAAAAUAUAUUUUUUAAAAUUUUAUAGAGAAUAAACACUAUUUUCCAAUGAAAGAUAAACAUUUAACAUCACUUACUGUUAUGGAAGACUUGUUAGCAUAUGGAAGAUGGAGAGGAAGGGAGAGGGAGAAGAGGUUAUUGUUUGGGAGGGGAAUCCCCCUCUGGAAGGACUUCAGGUAUGAAGGACCUAUCUGGGGUUACUUCCCCUCUUAGUUUUUCACUGGCACUAUGA